UGCUGCUGCCGCCUGCGCCCACCGCGCUCUUCCCGCCCGGCCCGCUCUUCCCGCCCGCAGCGCCCGGAGCCUUCGCUUUCCCCACGUACUGCAGCCCCAUGGUGGCCCCGGUGGAGCACAGGCCGCCACCCAAGGACUACAUGACGGAGUCGGUGCUGGUGACGCUCUUCUGCUGCCUGCUCACCGGGCUCAUCGCCGUUGUUUACUCCCACGAGACCCGCGCGGCGCUGGGCAGGGGGGACCUGGCCCAGGCAGAGGAGGCGUCACGCAAGGCCCGCCUGCUGGUGCUCUUCAGCCUGCUCUUCGGGGUCUUCGUGUGCACCAGCUGGGUGGUCUACGUGGUGGUGGCCCUCUACCUCCCCUGAGGCUGCGGCUCCUGUGGAGAUGCUGAGGAGCUGCCCGGGCUCAGGGCCUGGCCGCCCCUUCCUGUGGACUCGGGUCCCCGCGUGAGCAGCUGUCACCCAGAGGGCGCAGGACAGCGCGGGCGUGGCAGCCAUCUCAGGCCGUGGCCUCUGCGGUGGCCCCGGGAUCCCCCCCCAACCUCCUCCAAGGUCUCCCUGGGACCCUGGCCUUGAGAGACUGCAGUGGGACCGAGCCCUGUGUCUGCAGAGCCACCUGGAAGGACUGGUCACCUCGGCCCCGCUUGGCGAUGGGCCUGUCCUGGGAGAGGAGAGGAGCGGCCACCUCCCUCCUCCUGCUGGCUGCUGGAGGGGACGGGGCAGGGGACAGGCUCCCUGCUAGCCCCACACCUGGAAACCGGGCCCCGUGUCUGCUCAGUCCACAGGAAGUGGUACCCUGUGUGACCUCGAGGGGACACUGUCUCUUCCUGCUCCCUUCCGGUGAGCAGCCGACAUCUGUCCACAGCUGGGCUCGGGUGCCUGGCCUGGCCCCUCUGAGACGCCGCCGGUCCUGGACAGCUCUGCCCACUGCUCACGCUGAGAAGCGACGCCCAGAGCCACCAUUCCCGGCGGCUCUGCUAGGACCGUCACUCACUCCUUCCUGCCCAGCUUCUGUCCCUGUCCCUGAGACCUUCAGCGUUGGCCCCUGCUGCCUGAGCCGGGAUCUGCAGGGUCCUCCCCGGCAGGCGGCCGAGGGUCAGGUCGCUGAGGUCCUGACAGCACAGGAAUGCGACUCAAGGCCAUCUGCAGGGAGGAGGACAGGGCUGACGACCACAGGCUGUGGUGCCCACUGCCUGCAGCGGGAGGCAGGCCGUGGCCCCCAGUCUAGGGCCAGGACUGGUCCACAAAGAGGAGGAAGGAAAUGUUUCUCUGAGGGUGGGUACAUGCCAAAAAAUACCCGCCACACCUCUUCUCACAGAAUUUUUUCUUUUAGCACCCACUGAGCCCAGGCCCAACGCAUGCACUGAACUCUUAAAUAAAUCAGAACGGAAAAAUCACCCAGGGACCUGGGUGAAUCCCCAGGGACCUCAUUAAAAUGCAGAUUCUGCUCCUCAUUGGAGCUUGAUGUUCUGCAUUUCUAAUGAACUCUGUCUAAGGGGGCUGAAGAUGACAGGGGAGGUAAGAGAUAUUAAAGCUGUUCCUAGCCAGGCGUGGUGGUGCACACCAUACCUGUUAUCCCAGGACGCGGGAGGCUGAGGCA